CAGACUGUGGGCUGAGGAGGAGACUUGGCUUUAUAAAUUGAGGCCAGUGAACUGGGAGGUGUCAGCAAACCAGACACAAACAAAGCUUUAGAAGACGGGAGAGGGAGAGACAGACAGAUAAACAUUAUGGCCACCUUCCCAAGAGCAGCCAGCCCGUCCAGGCAGCCCCCAGGCCCAGAGGAUGAAGAUGCCGUCCUAGACGAGUACGACCUCUACAGCCUGGCUCAUUCUUACCCGGGAGUGGGAGGCCGGAAAGGUCGCAGCAAGAGAGAAGCCGCCAUCAACACCAACCGCCACAGCCCUGGUGGGCACGAGAGGAAGCUGGUGACCAAGCUUCAGAACACGGAGCGGAAAAAGCGAGGGGCACGGCCCUGAGACAGGACUGGAGAUGAGGCCAGAGGACGGACACCCACAGCAAUGGAAAUAGGACUGAGGAAGAGCCAGCCCCUGGGGGCGGGAUCCAGGCCUGCUUGCCCCACCCCAACCCCAGGACUUAACCCCACCUGACUGAGACUCCGGGGGCACCACGGAGGAAGCACCCCUGGCCCCAGAGAAAGGACAAGAUGAGAAGCAAGAGGCAGAGCAUAGACAGAGGCAGAGUCAAGAAGGUACCUCCCCGCAAAAAGAAAGAAGAAACCGGAGCUCCCCAGGCUGACGGUGACAAUAAACAAAGUGUAGCAGCUGC